UUCUUUAAGGCAAAAGAAUUUGUUGGUGAAUGUUUCGCAUCGUACGGAAAGUGUGUAGGAAAAAAAAAAAAGUGUGACACGACGUGAUCGUAAAAGAUCCUGGCCGUUGUUGUUGGCUGGGGUGUUUUGGUUGUGCUGGAACGACUGACGACGACGGAUCGUCGCCAGUCGUCUGCACUUGGUGCGUGUGCGGCAGUGCCACUUGAGUCGGCACCGAACUGGACGCGACUUGAGCGUCAUCGGUUUUUUCCGCGUCAGCAAGGAGAAUCCGAAGAAGGACUAGGAGGAGGAGGAGCAGCGGCAGAAGGUGGGCAGUGGUGGUGUGUGGUGCAUCGCCAGUAUUACAACGACAACUACAGCGACCACAACUCGGAUUGCCGGCGGGGAGUAGUGCGCCAAAAAGGCCCAAAAACUAUCUUCCUCUCUCGUUCAACUGCUAACGGCUGGCUGGCUGAGCUGGCCGGCUGGUUUGUUAGCUGGCUGGCUUUAGCUAAGCUAGCUAGUUACUCUCUCUCUCUCUCUCUGCUUUGAUUCUUUUCUGCUGUUUCGGCAUUUGAAAACGAGACAAAACCGAGAGGAAACAGAGCGGCUCCUUGCCUUCGCUGAGAUCCUGCCUUUGCUGCUCUGCUUUCUGCUGGAAAUAGAACGGCCGACUGGGGGCCCGCCGGAGUGUAAAUUUAACUCUCUUCGUCCAGCCACACGCAGCCCCGACUCUCUCUAUCCUCCUUUUUUCGCUACCUACACUCGCCCCACCUACUAUUCCGCCCUACUCCUCACCCAUCGAAAAACACAGACAGGAGAAGGAAAAGUAGAGAAACAGUGGAAAACGAAAAAAAAAAGCCAGAAUUUUGAUCAAAUUCAAGAAGAAGAAAGGAAUAGAAACACAAAAGUAGGAAGCCUCUUCUCUGUGUCCCACUCUUUGCCAACGAUCCCCCCCCCCAUAGUUUUUGCAUCUCUCUCCGUCUCGGAGCGUUCGACGAAGAAAACGAGGGAAAGUGAAGCUCCCCUUGCUCUCAUCCACGUUCAGAGGCAGUAGUGCCAAUAGGCCGAAAUGCAGUCGAACAUGACGACAGGCGCGGCCAGUGGCAGUGGAACCGGUGGCAGCAUGAGUAGCAGCCCACAAAAACCUGUACAAGGUGGCCGGUUCGAUUUCGAUGAUGGUGGAAUGUACUGCGGCGGUUGGGAGGAUGGAAAAGCCCACGGACAUGGCGUUUGUACUGGCCUGAAAGGCCAAGGAGAAUAUUCCGGCUCCUGGAACUAUGGUUUCGAAGUUUCGGGUGUCUACACUUGGCCAGGAGGGAGCACGUACGAAGGUCACUGGCAGAACGGGAAACGGCACGGACUGGGCGUCGAAUCUCGCGGCCGAUGGAUUUACAGAGGCGAGUGGACGCAAGGAUUCAAGGGCCGCUACGGUGUGCGCCAAUCGCUGACCUCGACGGCCAAAUACGACGGCACGUGGGCCAACGGAUUGCAGGACGGUUACGGAUCCGAGACUUACGCCGAUGGAGGUACGUACCAAGGUCAAUGGCUACGUGGAUUACGUCACGGCUACGGAGUGCGGACGAGCGCCGCAUUUGGAAUGGCGUCGCGAUUCCGACCAAAGAGCGUGCGAUCUUCGAUGACGUCUCUGCGGAGCGGCGACGUCUCAUCUGGCCACCAUCACGGGCAUCAUCACAGCGGCGCCGCUUCGUCAUCUGGAGGUGCCGCUGGAGCCGGUGCCGAUCCGGCAGCCGACCGCGACAAGCGACUCGACGAUGGACGGGGGGGUUUCGUUUUAAAAGCGAGAAGCGACGAACCCCCCACCAGACGGCGUUCUUUCUCCGAACGGUCGUCCACCAUCAAAAAGACUUUGUUCCAGGGUCUGCGCUUGAAAAAGCAACACAGCACCGGCGAGUUGGAGAAGAGGGGGACGUCGGCGUCGAUCCGCUCGACGGGCAGCUCGGCUUCUUGGAUGUCGACCGAGUCGUCGCAGUCGGGACUGACGGCCGGCUCUCACCACACAGACUCCAACGCCUCUUUCAUUGCCGAGGACGAGCCGCUGGAUGCCAACGUGACGGAGACGUACAUGGGCGAGUGGAAGAAUGACAAAAGAGCCGGAUUUGGCAUCAGCGAACGAUCCGACGGACUCAAGUACGAGGGAGAGUGGUUCAACAACAAGAAAUACGGCUAUGGCGUCACCACGCUCAAGGACGGUACGAAAGAGGAAGGCAAAUACAAGAAUAACGUGCUCAUCACAUCGCAGAAGAAGAAACACCUGUUCCUGAUCCGGUCGGCCAAGUUUCGGGAGCGGAUCGAGGCGGCCGUCAGUGCGGCCCAGAGAGCCUCCAAGAUCGCCCUCCAGAAAGCCGACAUCGCCAUCUCGCGGACGUCGACAGCGCGCGGUAAAGCCGAGCUGGCCGAUGUGGCGGCCGUCCACGCUCGCGAAGACGCCGAUUUCGCCGUCAUCAUUGCCAAACAACUGGCGCCCGACUUCCAACCAAGUGCAGAGACGAUGAGGCCACCGUUGGCAGUUCUGGCGCGUUUGAUACCGCACCAAUUAUCCACAUCGGCUGCUGCUGGGCCGGCCGGACCAUCAUCUACGCAAGCGAAAACAGGCCCUAAUUAUUUAACGCCAAAUAAUAUCCAGCACGGUGACGGUUAUGGAUACAUGGGCGAUGGUGCAGUUCAACAGCAGCAAUCCAACGCUGUCCAGCAACCUGCAGCCACCUCCAGAACUGAAGAUUACGGAGGAGGAGGAGGAGGUUUGAUGCCCCCGAUGGGCCUGACGAGUGGAGGAAGCGGAGGAGGAAUGAACGAACUGACCCGCCGUCCCAGCGUGGCCAUCGGUGGCGUUCGCAGUCCGAGCAAUUUUCAAAACAAGAUGGAAUUGGAUCACAGUUUGGUAGCCAUGAAUAGCUAUUCGUCACCGAACAACAGCCGUCCUCCAGCUGGCGUCAUCCCCAGUGGAUUCGGCGGCCCUAGCAAUUACAGCAAUAACAUCAACAAUAACAACAUCAAUAGCAGUCACAGUCUUCUGGCCAGGAAGAACAGCCAGGAUCAGUUUGGUCUUCGACCCACUAUGCCAUCGCAACAACAGCAGCCGCAGUAUGGCAGUUCCAGUUACAAUCAGGCCAGCAACUAUGACGGUGGUGGGCCGUACUCGAGCAGCGGUGACGAAAUGAGAGGGGAAAUGGGUUUAGCUGGACACGGGCAGCUUGAGCGCGGGCGCUCUUCACUGCGACGAGGACCAGCCCUGUCCGGCAGCAGUUUCGUCGUCGGCGGCGGCUACGUCGAGUCCAACAAUCCCUCGUACAACUUCCAGCAGGCGAUGAACGACCAUUUCGAUCACUACAAACGGCCGCCCAGUCGCGACCGCAGUCGCGAUCCGUCCAUGGACCGUUUCAGCCGAUCGUCCAGGCAAAGUUCGAUCGCUUUGACGCGUCAAGAGUCCUCCCUCAUGGGCAGCAGCCGAGGUCCCAGUCCGGCUCCGACGCCCAGUCAGAUGGUCUUCCGAUCGAACUCUAGACAACGGCCGCCUCUCCUCAGCAGUAGCCCGACACCUUCGACGCUCAGCAGUCGCUUCCAUCAAGACAGCACCGAUGGUAACACUAAUCAGCCCAGUAGCGGAAGCCUCCAGCGUCGAAUGGCCACGCCCAUGAGAGAAACGUCCAUAAGUCCAGGCAAUGGAAGUGUACCUGGAUUUGGAGGAGGCAACGGCCAACCUGGAAACAUUAUCGAGGAGAUGCUGCUCCGUCAGCGGCUCGGCCAGGAAAUUCCCCACGACGGUAUGAACACGCCAAAACGGACCGAGUCGCUCUACAUCUCGCCCGCCCGCAAAAAAGAAAAGGUGGCUCCGGCUCCGGUGCCGAAACGGAAGAAAAGUCUUCCUGGUGCAGCCGACGCGCCGGCGGCGAUCCUGAGUCGAGAGGAGGCUUCGGUUCUCAGCUCGCAGAGACGAGAGGAAGUCCGACGCCAAAAUGAGGAAGCCGAACGCUACAGAGCGAAUCCUUUGCUCUAUUUCUGUAGCCCGCAAGUCAAGGCCUGGUUUGCUCGCCAACAGUUGACGAUUUUCAUCUUGAUCAUCAAUCUUUCACUAGCAUACCUCUUCUUCAAGCUACUUACAUAGCAACAAUGAAA